AACAAACGUUACUCAACUCACUAAGAAGAAAAAAACUUAUUAAACUAUCCCAAUCCCCCGUGGUAUUAAUGUUCACCUUUCCAAUUCAAAUCUUUUACUUUGGUGGUUUCAACGUGAUGAAAUCUUAAUCGUCAUAGCCGGAAUGGCUGUUUAGGCUUUCUUCGGCGGCUUUGACAGUUUCCUCAUCGAUUUCUUCUUUCACAGGUUUGCCGUCCUUGUCCAGCAUAAAGUACUCCUUUUACGAAAAAGAGUCGUCAUUUAAAUGGCUUCACAUUGAACGAAAAUGAAAAGAUCCAACCUCGAGAGCAACGGGAAUUUUGUGGUGGACCUUGCCUGUCAUUGGAGUGCCCACUCGUACUCUUCCUAGAACUGCGGACCAAUUAUUCUUCAACCACUUCGUCACCUUACCUACGUAUUUCCUUAUCAAGGCUAAACAAGGUCUCAAGUGGAUAUACACGUUUUUAAAUGGAAAUCAACGAUUAUUAUUUGACCUUGUUGAUUGUUGAUCAUCGACGACGGUCCACACUCUGCGGAUGGCUCUACUGAAUAGGUUAGUCGCUUUCAAAGUCGAGGAGUGUCAAGUUCUACCAAAAUGAAAAACAGUUUAUUUCUUGUUAGGAAGGAAAGAAAAAUGGGUGUUAUUACUUCAUUGGAUGACGAGUCCGAUCAAGAGCAACCAACAGAAGAGGAAGAAGUUUCAAGUGACUCAGAUUCAGAUGAAGAUGAGACCAACACCAAUGAUUCCGAGGAGGUAAUUAGAGCCAAAGCUAAAUACCAGAAAACGAAAGAGGAUCUUGCUAAGAUUAAGCGAUUAUAUAAAUUAGCUCUGAGUCGCCUCAAAGCGAUCGAGAAUGGAGUGCUGUCUGCCUAUGUAGCUACUCCAGAGGAAGUUGAACUUGAUAGGUGGUUCGUGAUGACGAAUAGGACGGAGGCGUCUAAACAAACGGACCAAUCGUGAAUGCCAAGAAUUCGUUCUUCGUCUUCUCUUCCUGCUACAUUUCCUUACUUACCUCAGUUUAUUGCCAUCACACUUCUAAUAUUGCCCUAUGCUAAGCAAACUACAAUUACAUGAUAUGUAUUGCAGUACAUGUGGUCUUGAAAUAUAGGGGUGGAUAACUCUUUUGUUUGUUCCA